GAAGACCCAGUCAGUACGUUGUUCUCUCUUGUGGGGACAUUCACAUUCUUGUAGAAUUUGGGCAGUUUGGGACCAGUUUGAGAUCUGUAUAAUUGGAGUCCCCCGCUACAAUGAUCACGCGAUCCUGGUGCGAUAUCAGCUGUUUGUUGGUGCUGUCGUGUAGCUUUUCCAGUGCUAACUUAGCUUUGGCUUGUGGAAGGAUGUAGACUGCCAUAAUUAUUAUUCACAUGAAUUCCCUCAGUUGGAGGAUUUUUCAUGCAGGACUUUUACUUGUAAUGGAGUAUUUUUAUUUUGCUGUAUUGGUACUUUUACUUAAGUAAAGGAUCUGAAUACCUUUUCCACCACUACAAAUUAGAAAUUCUCAUAGUUCAUAAUAAACUGUCCGAAACCAUUCACACACAGAAUAUGAGCCAAAGCCAAACUUGAUGGACAAGUCAAACAGGGGAGGGGAGUUGUAGACACUCAGUAAACCAGAGCUGAAACCUAAUUGGUCCUAUUGACAGUUAACUUCCUCCUCCCUUCUCUCCCAUUGGCCGGUGAGCUCUUGACCUGCAGCUACUUUAUGAUGAGCCUCAGGAUCGAUAGCACUUCAACAACUGCAAACAUCAGACCAGUUCCAAGUUAUUCAUCAAGUAAAGGGCCCAAGUUUAUCACAAAGUGGCUGACAUGCUGUCCAUCCCAGAUCUGAUCAGGAGGAAGAGAGAUGGCGGAAAACUGAGCGACGAAGAAAUCAAAACUUUCAUUAAGGCUGUAACGACCAAAACUAUACAGGAAUGUCAGAUAGGGGCCAUGUUGAUGUCUAUCUGGCAGAAAGGAAUGGUCGACUCGGAGAUCGAGUCCCUGACCAGGGAGAUGAUGUCAUCAGGGGAAGUGAUGUCAUGGCCAAAAGAGUGGGCGGGGCGUGUGGUUGACAAACACUCAACAGGCGGGGUGGGAGAUAAAGUCAGUCUGGUGUUAGCGCCCGCGCUAGCUGCCUGCGGCUGUAAGGUGCCUAUGAUCAGUGGGCGGGGCCUGGCUCACACAGGAGGAACUCUGGACAAACUGGAAUCAAUUCCCGGAUUCGAAAUCCAACAAUCAGCAGAACAGGUUCAGAAGAUCCUGAGCUCAGUGGGCUGUUGCAUUAUGGGUCAGACAGAGACAUUGGUUCCUGCAGAUCGAGUCCUGUACGCCCUGAGGGACGCCACCAGCACUGUGGACAGCUUGCCGCUCAUUACUGGCUCUAUUAUCUCAAAGAAAGGGGCGGAGUCUCUGACUGCUCUGGUGUUGGAUGUAAAGUUUGGACGAGCUGCUCUGUAUAAAGACCUGGAAAGUGCUAAAGAACUAGCACAGUUAUUGGUGAAUGUAGGAAACGGUCUCGGAAUGCGUACAGGGGCGGUACUCAGCAGUAUGGAUGCUACGAUUGGUCGAUGUGUGGGCAACAGUCUGGAGGUGAUCGAAUCUCUGGAGACGCUGAAGGGGAACGGACCCGAAGACCUGAUGGAGCUGGUUACAACCCUCGGUGGCCUGCUGCUGAAGAUGACUGGAUUGGUGUCUGACCUAUCAGAAGGAAGCAAACGGAUUUCUGAGGCUGUGAUUGGUGGAACGGCUCUGUCAAAGUUUCAGGCCAUGAUGGAGGCUCAGGGCGUGGCCAAACAGACGGCUCAGACGCUAUGCUCCGCCUCCACAGACUACUUCAGUGUCCUGAGAAAAUCUGAGCAUCAGACUGAACUAAAGACUCCUGAAGACGGAGUCGUCGUGGACGUCGAUGGUUUGGCUUUAGCUGAAGUUCUUCAUAAACUGGGGGCGGGGCGAUCAAAGGCCGGACAACCUAUCAAUCGCAGCGUGGGGGCGGAGCUACUGGUGACGCUGGGUCAGAAGGUCACAAAAGGUGUCUCCUGGUUGCGGCUCCAUUAUGAGGAUCCGGCUCCGACUCCAAACCAGAUCGAUCAGCUGCAGAGAGCUCUGACUCUGAGAUCAGACCAAAACACACAAACACGUCACAAACACAGUUUGGUGAAAGAACUGCUGCUCCCUCAAUAACACACAGUUUCACACUUUAUUAACUCGUAAAUACUAACAAACACGAUCGAUAACAAAUGUAAAAAAGUUUCAUGUAAUUCUAACAUAACAACAUUUUUUCAUUCAUGAUAACGACAGAAAUCAGAGUUUAAAUCUGCCUGUAAAAAUGACAACAUGUUAAUAAACUAACUAGUUGGUGUAGUUUAGUUGUUAGUUGGAAAGUUUUCAGUGUGAAAGACAAAAAGAUAAAAUCUGAAACUGAAAGCUGAACUACUGAAAAAAAAUAACUACACAACAAAACUAUAAAUAAGUGUAUGAGAAGCAACAUGAUGUCCAUGAAAAGUAAUUUGUAUUCAUUUUUGGAAUUUCUUUGAAUAAAUACACAUAUAUAUAUAUAUUUUCAUUUUAUAUUUUAUUUUUAUUUUAUAUACUCUUCUCUGUGAUACACGCAGCUCUCU